AAGGGCGUCGUUUUCAAAGCACGUCGUUUUUUCGAACAACGACUGUGUUGUUGUCUUGGUACUGAAAAUACAAACAGUAACUAGUAGCUGGUUCAGUUCAAUACUUGUGUUGCAAAACUAACGUUACGCGUUUAUUAUAAGAAGCUCACACUGUAACGUUACAGGAAAUGGAAAACCUGGAUUUCUCAGAGGAUGAAAUUCAACAACAGUUGGAGGCACUUGGUUACAACAACAUACCAAGACACAGACUGCGUGAAUUCAAAAGAGAUCUAGAUGAACUGAUCCGACAUGAAAAAUCUAAGAGCCACUCAUCCAGUGAAUUGAACUCUACAAGAUCUCAAAGCACCACCUUCAAAAGUCCUCCUGCAGUCACCAAGGUUAAAGUACACCAGGAUAACACCACAGCCUUCAGAAAUGUGUUUGCGCAGGCUGGUCCAUCACACCAUGAAAGACAGGUGCUAACCUCCACAUACAGCAGAGACAACAGUAACUAUGGUGCCAGACAGGAGUAUGACUCCUACACUCAGCACUCUGUUGCCUCCAAGUACCAGCGCCCCUCAACAGCCCCUAAUAGGCUGGAAGUGGUUCCAGACCAAACUGACCUCCAGCAGUUAUCGUUCGCUGUCAGUCAGUCGUCCACCCCAGACCGAGACACAGGAGCGCAUGGGAGACCCUUUAUCAAGAGGAAAGUCCUUAGGAAACAUCAAGGCCAAGUUCACAUCUGCGAUGAAUCAACGCAUAGUGAGGAUUCAGGUGCAGUGAGUGGGCUGGAGGAGCGUCUGGGGUCCAUGUCCACCCACCAGGAGUCGGAGCUGGAGAGUGAGGAUGCAGGCAGUCUGAGUGACAGGUCUGAGUCAGACCGUCUCUCUAGUGCCUUCAAAGCCUACAUCAGAGGCAUGGCCAGAUCUCGGAGCGAGAGUGACAUCAGACCCCAGCCCAAGUCGUUUAUCCGCCCAGUGAUGGAUCAUCCUCACACCAAAAACCUGAAGAAGACAGACCCAGUGGCAAAGUAUUUCCAGUACAAGCAGGACUGGGAAAUGUUCAAGGCGCCAGGAGAGAAGGAUAGGAAAGCACUGCACUGGGAAAUCAGGGAACAGCUCGCGUACAAACCUCAACCACCGAAGCCUCAAAGAAUAUUUGUGGCCAACACCUACGUGGUGCCUACAGAGAAGAAACGCUCCGCCCUGAGAUGGGAAAUACGACAUGACUUGGCCAAUGGACUCCUACCGCCAACCAACUAUAGACUCUAG